ACCCAAAUCACAAAUCUCUAAACCUCAAAACCUCCUUCUCCCUUGUACGCUCCGACUUUAAACAUGGCCACCACCGCAGAUCCGGCUCCGACGAAGAAAUCGAGGAACAGCCGUAAGGCGUUGAAGCAGAAGAACGAGAUCGUGACGGAGACUUCUCUGCCGUCCCCAGUCUCCGCCAAGGCGAAAUCAGCGAAGUCGUUCGAGAAAGAUCUGUUGGAGAUGCAGAUGAUGUUGGAGAAGAUGAAGAUCGAGAAGGAUAAGACGGAGGAGCUGCUUAAGGAGAAGGACGAGAUUCUGAGGAAGAAGGAGGAGGAGAUAGAGACGAGAGACGCUGAGCAGGAGAAGCUUAAGACGGAGCUUAAGAAGCUUCAGAAGAUGAAGGAGUUUAAACCUAAUAUGACGUUCGCUUGUGGUCAAUCUCUCACACAAGCUGAGCAAGAGAAGGUGAACAAGAAGAAGAAGAAGGAUUGUCCCGAGAGGAAGCGACCAUCGUCAUCAUACAUUCUGUGGUUAAAGGAACAGUGGAGUGAAAUCAAGAGGCAGAAUCCUGAAGCUGACUUCAAGGAGACUUCCAACAUUCUUGGUGCUAAAUGGAAGUCUCUUAGUGCGGAAGAGAAGAAGCCUUACGAGGAGAGGUAUCAGGUGGAGAAGGAAGCUUACCUCCAGGUGGUUGCUAAGGAGAAGAGGGAGAGAGAGGCAAUGAAGCUUUUGGAUGAUGAGCAGAAGCAGAAGACUGCAAUGGAUUUGCUUGAUCAGUAUCUCCAGUUUGUGCAGGAUGGUGAACAAGAUAACAAGAAGAAGAGCAAGAAGCAGAAGGAUCCUUUGAAGCCAAAGCAUCCCGUAUCUGCCUUCCUGGUUUAUGCUAACGAGAGGAGAGCUGCUUUACGUGAAGAGAACAAGAACGUUGUGGAGGUCGCAAAGAUGACUGGAGAAGAGUGGAAGAAGAUGUCAGAUAAACAAAAAGCACCUUACGAAGAGGUGGCAAAGAAGAACAAGGAGGCAUACCUGGAAGCAAUGGAGGAGUACAAGAGGACAAAAGAAGAAGAAGCCAUGAGCCAGAAAAAAGAAGAGGAAGAGCUCUUGAAACUCCAUAAACAGGAAGCUCUCCAACUGCUUAAGAAGAAAGAGAAAACAGACAAUCUGAUCAAGAAGGAGAAAGAGACUAAGAAGAAGAAGAAUGAAAACGUUGACCCUAACAAACCCAAGAAGCCUGCUUCAUCAUUCUUUCUCUUCAGCAAAGACGCAAGGAAGACUUUGGCAGAAGAACGUCCCGGGACAAGCAACUCGACAAUUACUGCUCUAAUCUCUGUCAAAUGGAAGGUAUGUAAAAUUACUACGAGUAAAAAAUAUCAUUUGCUAUACAAAUUUAUUGUUUGCUAAUUCGUUUGAGUUAAAAAAUAUAUUGCAGGAAUUGGGUGAAGAAGAGAAGCAAAGUUACAACAACAAAGCAGCAAAGCUGAUGGAAGCAUACAAGAAGGAGCUGGAAGAUUACAACAAGAACAAUGCAGCAGCGGCUACGACCAGUAGUAGCUAGGAAGGGGAAAAAAAAACUCUUUGAAAUUGAAAUAAUGUUCAAGUUCUGUUGAACAUGUGUCUUAUGCUUUUGUUAGACUCUCAAGUUAUCUUAACUCAGUGAUUUCUAUAAAAAUGAUUACUAGGUUUUUUAUUCUCUAUUACAUUUCAAUUUUAAUAAUAGCUCGACUCUUGUAAAAACGUGGGAAACGCCGUGUUAAUCUCGACCGUUGGAUUGAGCCAAUCAGCAACAUCGAAGAUGGGAGAACUGAACUCGUCGUUGAUGGUCCCGUAAUCAUAAAACGGCGGCGUAUUAGGGAAGGAGAAGACGUUGUCAGCGUCGUCGAGUCCUUCGGUUCGAACCGUUAAGCUAGUUUUAAGACUCUCGAGAAGGUCAUUAGGCUUUUGAGUAACGUCGGCGAGUUUAGGUCUGGUGUUUCGCUUCUCCGGCGAGGCUUGUGGAGGAUGAGGAGGAGGUGUGCCCUGCUGACAAGUGUGUGUCCCUCUGUAUGUUAAUUCGAAAACCGUUGGAUCACUGUCCGAUCUCUGGACUUGUUUUGUUGCCCAACAGUUCUGUGUGCUACGGUGUGUGCAUCUGUAGUAACUCCUGCACAUCAAAUCAAAUCAAUCAUAUUAACAUCAUGAUGAUUAUGAAUUGAUGUGUUUAAUGAUGAUUGAUGAUGAUGUUACCUUGGGAACUUGGCUCCCAGAAUGUCUUUUUGACCAUACUUUCUCCAGCUAUAGACAUCAUCUUGAGGCCCUUCUAAGCCUCUCUCUGGGCUUAUUCUCACUUUCUCUGUCCACUUUGGUAACAUCUUCCUGUAAUAAUUUCCCCAAAUUUCUAGAUUAAUUAAUAUAAAUAUAUCAUUUAAUUUGGUGAAUUGUAAUUUUUAAAUUUUGGUAAUCCUCAAUUUACCUUUUCUUGGAGUUGAAAAUGUGAUCUUGACGAUGACUCUCGCUGGAACGUCCUCCAUCUUCACUUCUAGGACUCCCGUUAAUCGACGCCGGAGAUUCAGGAAUUCCGCCGGAGUUCACCACCGGAACUACCGCAACAGUUGCCGGAAUAAUUGGUACGGGCGGCGAGGUAGACCAGUUUAGCAUGACGAGAACUUUGUCGUAUGAAGAGAGUAUCUGCUCCAUGAGAGUCUCGUUGGUCUCAGCCACCGGAUAAGAAGAUGAUGACGACGGCGACGAUGCUUCACUAAGUCGUGCCUGAAGCUUUUUCGCCGCCUCCAUUCCAAGACUGAGCUCCCUUUGCAGUGUCUUUUGCUCCCAAGCUAACAUAGCUUUUUGACCUUCCAUUUUGAAAAUAUGUCUCCCAAAAUAGUAAUAUUUUUAUUCAAAGAAAGAAAUAUAAUGUGUGUAAGUUAUAAUUGGGUUCUAAAAUAAUAAGUUAUAUAAUAUGAAUUUUAUGAUGAGAAGAGAUAAGAAUAGAUGGAGGAAUCAUAUGCUGAGAGAAUGAAAGUGUUAUAGGUUUGU